GUUUGAAAAUCCUAAUGGAAAAAUUUGUGACUGACGACAAGAUAAGCACAGCAGUGUCAGAUAAAAAGGAUCGACUAUGAUAAACAAUCGAAAUACUGACAGAUGUUUCUCGAGUGCUUCUGCUAACAUCGUCACAUUAAUCUUGAAUUCGAUUCAGUGAUAAAAAUGAGGGCAUUACUUGCUGUCAGCUUCAUAAUACUUGUUCUGAAAACAAGUGCAAGAGAUAUCUCUAGUGGCUGGGUUUCUGUAUUAAGCGUAUCUUCAACGCCUGGAAUAAAAAUGCUCUUAAUGUAUUCAAACGGAAAAGCAAAAAUAUCUUCAAUUGAAAGAAAUACUAAAAAAUCAGUUCAUCAGCGUGUCGAGCCUGAUCCGGACUUAGAGAAUUACCUACGGGAAGCCAUUGAAAAUUUUCGAGAGCAGAUGAAAGAAGGUAUCCCAGCUAUAAAUAUGCCUGUGUUGGAUCCCCUGGAGUUAAAAAACUUAGAUAUUAAUGUUGCUGAAAAUCUUGCAACUAUGGAUCUUAGCAUAAAAACGAUCACUGUAGCAGGUUUAUCGUCAUUUGAAUUCCAUCAUAUUUAUCCAGAUUUGGAAAGCUUCUUUUUGCAAGUGAACUUAACUCUACCAAAUGUAACUUCAUGGGGAUUGUAUUCUCUGACAGGAAAGCUCUUGAAAAUAUUUCCUCUAAAAGGCAACGGGAAUUUUCAAAUCAAUGUCACCGAAGGGGAAAUAGGAGGAACUGGACAGUUAGAAUUUAUUGAUAACACAUUACAAAUGACAAAAUUGGAAUUAGAAUUCACAUGGAAAAAACUGGAAGUUUUCUUAGAAAAUUUCCUUGGAGGAGGGAAAUUUUCUGAAGUUUUGCAAAAGAUUAUUCCAUCUGCCGGAAAGAGUGUUUUCGAUAAUUUUAAGCCCAAAAUUCUUAAAUUGAUGAAUGAGGCUUUAAUCAAUGCGGUAAACAAGGAGUUAAGAAAGCCGGAAGUUAAAAAAAUUAUUGAAGGCAUUCUUCCCCCAGCAUAAGUCUAAAAAGGCAAGAAAAUGGAUAAUGUUUAUAUUUUUAACAUUUCAGCCUUAUGUUAUUCAUGUUUUAUUUUAUGAAUACAGAGUUGUGAACCAUUUUUUCAUUGAAAUAUCUUAUCAUUUGAACUAAAUCGUCAUAAAAUUGCAAAUAGAUUCCUCAAUUUCAUUUUUUGUUCAAAAAAGUCGCAUCUACAAUAAAAAAAAUUAUAACUUUUAUUAGCGAAUUGCAUGCAUUUUAUUAACAUCUGCGCAACAAUGAUUUUUUUAUAAAAAUUCAAUAAUCACAUUUCAAAGUCACGCGUAUUAAAUAUUAAACUAUGUUAAAGAAAAUACAAGUAAAUCAAAUUUUCUAAACGAUAACCAAAUUUUCUACCCAAAUGGCUAUUUUCAUUAAAUGGCUCUUCUUCAUUAAAAUAUCUAAAAUAAAUAAAAUUUUCACUACAAAUAGCUAUUGAAUUCUAAAUUCAUUUUAAUGACCGCCGAUUACUAAUUGAUUUAUGUUUUUGUCCAGUAAAAUUAAAUGAUUUUUUUUUAAUUUUUACAUUUUUUUUUCUUUGUCAUUUUUUUAAAUUUUAAAUAUGUCUUUGUGAUGAGAUUUUUCUUACUAAUUAUAAAUAUUAAUCCCAGUCUUCACCUUACUCAAAAUUUACUUCUAUUGUUCAUUAGUUGUAUCUUGUGAAUGCAUUAUAAUUGUAUAUAUUAAUAAUUUCUAAUUGACUGAUAUUCAUAUUAAAUCAACAUGAUUAUGUAUUCAUUGUAAUGUAAAAUUGUUUUCUUUCUUCUGUCAAAUAUCUAUGUACAAUAUAUUAAAAAUGUAAUUUGCUUUGUUUCAAA